AUCUGAAAUUGCCACGAUCUUGCAUAGGUUGUGAACUAUGUGACUCAACUAUUAAAGUUUGGCGGGUCCCGAUAAAUGUACAAGAAUUGCUUAGUAAUCGGGACUUGGUACCAUCAGUUAUUCUCGCCACUGAAAAUCCCAUCUGACAACGAAGGCGAACGGCAGACCACUCUUUGAUACCUGUCUGUCCUCUUGAUUUCCCAUUUUACAUUUCUUGUAUUAUUUUCUGCUACAAUAGCAACCCAGCUCUUAGGAUUCCGCGUGAAUACGUCAUAGUGCCUGCGUUGCAGCUGCUGUACAUGGCUACCCUUCCAUUGUUGAUUUCUCUGGUAUAAAUCGCAAUGUAUACUCCCUGCUACACGUGCCGCCGUCGGCACAUUGAAUGCGACAGAUCCCGAAUGCCCUGUGCGAAAUGUGAAAAGGCGGGGUUGGAAUGUUCCGAGAAGAGGCCCAUCAGAUGGGUAAAAGGCAUGUCCGUUCGAGGCAAGAUGCGAGGACUAUCAGUCCAGGACGCCUCGAUUGCAGCAGCAAACUUCAAUGGGACAUCAACAGGCACGAGGUGUGAUUUAAUCAAGUCCUCUGCUACACGCCCAAAGCUGCCGGUGACGAAUGGUUUUAAGUACAAUGAUACCAAUAAUAUCAGCGGCCCCCUAUCAAGCUUACCAUUAUCUCUAAAAGAUCCUUCUGUUUCAAGCUUGGACAGAGCCUCCGGAUAUUACCUAGAUUACUACAAUAGAUGCAUAUGCAAGUUAUUCAUUGUGUACGACAGUGACCAGAAUCCUUUUCGGAACCUAAUAUCUCUUGCUCUGGGUGACUCAACUCUACUCAAGGCAAUUCUAGCCCUUGCAGCACGGCAUAACGCCAAUAGACAUUAUCUCUUCCGCCAGCAGCCUCUGCUAGCGACACCUCCUGCCUCAAGCACCUCCGACAAGGAUGCGCUUUUAUACAAAUGUCAAGCCAUUCAAGCGCUAUCACUUGCGUUAAACGAUGCAGUAUCACGUAGGCAAGACACCAUAGCGGCUAGUAUAUUCCUCCUGGUGUUUCUAGACCUCUUGGAGUCCGGCUGUGAUAGAUGGAAUUUUCAUCUCGAAGGUGCUAAGAACUUAAUUGCGUCCAUUUGGCCAUCAUCUGGGUUGGAAACUGCCAACGAGCUGGAUCCCGGGCGAACUGUCCAGGCGAUACGUAGUUUCAUCACCAGACAGAUCUAUCUGAUUGAAACACUCGGAGCAACCUUUGCACGCCCUAGGCUACUAUCCCAGCCGAUCUCUUUAGACCAGUCUGGCACGCCGCCCCAGGAAUCGGUCCAGCAAUCCUUUCUCGGAUGUCCGGAUCAUCUCCUCCACGCCAUACAAUUUUUCUCGCUCCAGCGAGACAUCAUCGCAGACCAGGCGCCAUCAGACGACACCGCCAUCCUCUCCCACACCCGACACAUCACUACCAUGCUUGAGUCUGUACGGGAUUUCGAUUCCUACAUGUGGGCAUCGGGCCUGCUCCCGCAACUACCGUCGCCUUCGAUGCAGGGUAUAGAUAAGCUUUGCAAGUUGUCACAAUCGUUCCAGCUUGGCUCUCUCAUAUAUGGCAGGCGUGUACUUGAUGCUCUCACGGGUAAUGUCACGUCGCAGGAUGAUUUGGUUUGUGCAUUACUAGGUGUUAUCGAGGCACUAAAGGACGACCAAAUCUUGUUCAAGUGUAUCCUCUGGCCUAUCUUCAUUGCCGGCCUAGAGUGUCAGUCGCAAGCCCAAAGGGAUUUUCUAACCAGUUGCUUGGCGCAAUUUUGGGCGGAAACAAGUUGCUUGAAUGCGGUCAAUGCCUCUAAGAUCUUGCAGGAAUACUGGACACGGGAGGAUUAUGGGGAGCUAUCCUCGCCGCAGUGGAUAUUUAGUGUCGGCCAUUUGGGCUAUGACUGGCUUCUUAUAUAGAUAGAGCUGGUCUGUAAAGCUAGAAAGAUAAUAUACCCAAUACACUCUUUUAUCACC